CUCUCUCUCCCCGAAACCCUAGUAUGUACUCUCCCCUCCUCUCCAUUUCCAUCUUGUUCUGAAGCUCACUUCUUUGUUCGAACCGAUGUAUAGUUACUUUUCUUUUUUCACAUUUUCUUUUUCGGGAUUUUUUGGAGGUUUGUGUGCUUAUUUUCUGCUUCGGAGCUUGAGAUCUUUCGCCCAUCGCACGUUUCUGGAGCAAUUUCUUGUUUCUAUUUGUCCCCGUUCUAAUUUCCAUCCACAAUUCUACUUCAAAUUGUGCUUGAGAUUAAUCCAUCAUGUUUUUUUUUUUUUUUUUUGAAUGAUAAGAGGUAGACCUGGUGUUUUCCUUUUCAUGCGGUAGCUCUUUGUCCUUUGAACUAAGGACUAUUUUGAUUCGGCUGCUCAAUCCCCUUUUUCAAUUUAUUUGAUUUGGGUCGGUCAAUGGUAUUUCGAUUUUAAAAUUUGAAUGUGUCGUUUAUUUUACAUGUUUAGUCCGUAUAUUUCAUGCAAUUCUCCCAACUAUAAAUUCAUUAAAAUAAGUAAUUAGCUUCAAUUUUGAAGUCAAUGUACUAUUGAUCGACACAAAUCAAAUAAAGUGAAAGGUUAGGUAGGAAGAUCAAAAUUUUGAAAAAUUAGGUAGCCGAUUUAAAAUGGUCCCUAGCUCAGAUAAGUUUUGUGCCUUAUUAUUAUUAUUAUUAUUUUAAUUUUGAUCAAUUGGCUUGCACAUACAUGUUCUCAAAUGGGAGAUGAUAAUCGAAAAGUUGAUAUGGAUAAUCGGCUGGAUUACAUCCUAUUCGCUACAUAAAAGUCGAAAGAUGGCAUCACACAUUGUUGGAUACCCCCGCAUUGGACCGAAAAGAGAGCUUAAGUUUGCACUAGAAUCCUUCUGGGAUGGGAAGAGCAGUGCUGAAGAUCUGCAGCACGUUGCUGCGGAUCUUAGAUGUUCAAUUUGGAAACAAAUGGCCAGUGCCGGGAUCAAAUACAUCCCUAGUAAUACCUUUUCGUAUUACGAUCAAGUGCUCGAUACCACAGCGAUGCUAGGUGCAGUCCCGGAACGGUAUUUGUUUCCUGGUGGGGAGAUCGAGUUUGACACUUAUUUCUCUAUGGUCAGAGGGAAUGCCUCAGUUCCUGCCAUGGAGAUGACUAAGUGGUUCGAUACUAACUACCAUUUCAUUGUUCCUGAAUUGGGUCCCAACACAAAGUUCUCCUAUUCUUCUCACAAGGCUGUCUCCGAGUAUAAGGAAGCGAAGGCGCUUGGAAUUGAUACUGUUCCUGUGUUUAUUGGACCCGUGACUUAUCUUUUGCUCUCAAAACCUGCCAAAGGUGUGGAGAAAUCCUUUCCUCUUCUUUCACUGCUCGGAAACAUUCUCCCUAUAUACAAGGAGGUAAUCGCGGAGUUGAAGGCAGCAGGAGCUUCAUGGAUUCAAUUCGAUGAGCCCAUCCUUGUACUGGAUCUGGAUUCUCACCAAUUAGCAGCUUUUUCAAAGUCAUACUCAGAACUUAAAUCAUCGUUCUCUGGUUUGAAUGUGCUUAUGGAGACAUACUUUGCUGAUGUUCCUGCUGAAGCAUACAAGACCAUAACUUCCUUAAAUGGCAUUUCCGGUUAUGGUUUCGACCUUGUUCGUGGAACCAAUACACUUGAUGUGAUCAAAAGUAUGGGCUUCCCUUCUGGAAAGUACCUUUUCGCAGGAGUUGUAGAUGGGAGAAACAUUUGGGCCAAUGAUCUAGCUGCCUCUAUCAACACUCUUCAAGCUCUUGAGGCUGUUGUUGGCAAAGACAAGCUUGUGGUCUCGACUUCCUGCUCGCUCAUGCACACUGCAGUCGAUCUGGUAAAUGAGACAAAAUUGGACAGUGAGAUUAAGUCGUGGCUGGCCUUUGCUGCACAAAAGGUGGUUGAGGUUAACGAGCUUGCAAAGGCAUUGGCUGGUGACAAGGAUGAGGCCUUCUUCUCAGCAAAUGCUGCUGCUCAUGCUUCAAGAAAGUCAUCUCCUAGAGUGACCAAUGACGAAGUCCAAAAAGCCGCUUCUGCUUUGAAGGACUCCAACCACUCCCGAGCUACAAAUGUUAGUGCAAGAUUAGAUGCACAACAAAAGAAGCUCAAACUGCCAAUUCUUCCUACCACUACUCUUGGUUCGUUCCCCCAGACUAUGGAACUAAGGAGAGUGCGGCGAGAGUACAAGGCAAACAAAAUUACGGAAGAAGAAUAUGUCAAAGCCAUCAAAGAGGAAAUCAACGAAGUUGUUAAGCUCCAAGAAGAACUUGACAUUGAUGUCUUAGUUCAUGGAGAGCCUGAGAGAAACGACAUGGUCGAGUAUUUUGGGGAGCAAUUAUCAGGCUUCGCCUUCACAGUCAACGGAUGGGUGCAAUCUUAUGGAUCUCGGUGCGUCAAGCCACCUAUUAUCUAUGGUGACGUGAGCCGUCCUAAGGCCAUGACUGUUUUCUGGUCUUCAAUGGCACAGAACAUGACUUCUCGGCCUAUGAAGGGGAUGUUGACUGGCCCCGUGACGAUCCUCAACUGGUCAUUUGUUAGGAAUGACCAACCCAGGUCUGAGACAUGCUAUCAGAUUGCUCUUGCAAUUAAGAAAGAGGUUGAAGAUCUGGAGGCUGCUGGUGUACAGGUCAUCCAAAUCGAUGAAGCGGCCCUGAGAGAGGGAUUGCCUCUUCGAAAGUCAGAGCAGUCUGUCUACUUGGAUUGGGCUGUCCACUCUUUCAGGAUCACUAACUGCAGUGUCAAAGACACUACUCAGAUCCACACCCACAUGUGCUACUCCAACUUCAACGACAUCAUCCACUCCAUCAUCGACAUGGACGCCGACGUCAUCUCCAUCGAGAACUCCCGCUCCAACGAGAAGCUCCUCACGGUCUUCCGCGAGGGGGUUAAGUACGGUGCCGGAAUCGGCCCCGGUGUCUACGACAUCCACUCACCGAGAAUCCCCUCAACAGAAGAGAUUACGGAUCGAAUCAACAAAAUGCUAGCAGUGCUUGAGGCAAAGAUUUUAUGGGUCAAUCCCGACUGCGGGCUCAAGACUCGGAAGUAUGCCGAGGUUAAGCCAGCUCUAACUAACAUGGUCGCCGCAGCCAAGUUACUGAGAACUCAGCUAGCAAGUGCCGAGUAGAGCAAUUUUGCCUACUUCAGGGGUUCUUUUCUUUCUUAGCAACAAGAAGAGAGAUUUUUAUAUUUGUUUGUAAUAAGGUUAAAUGAGCAAAAAAUUGAGUCUCAAGAAAAAGCAAGUAAGGUUGGAGAGCUGUAAUCUCUUAACCUUUCUUCUUUUUCUUUUUUUUUUUCUUUUUUUCUUUUUUUUUUCUUUUCCUCCAAUUUGAUCCGGUCUGAAUUGGCCAGUGCAGUUGUAUUCAGACAAUGCCGGCCUAAAAUUAGACUUGAGCAAUGCUAUCUGAACAUUCAAAAAGUUGGUGUAAAUUGUAAACCUAUUUAGCCAAGGGCUAAUAUUUUCAUACUAGCCAGGAGUGUGAGAUCCAUUUUUGAAUGUAAGAGUAGCAUUUCUCAUUUAGAAUCAUUGAAAUAAAGUUAAGAGAAUUGGAAUUGGUUGAUAA